CAAACAACCUUUCUGAUAUGGUAUUGUAGCAGCAGGAAAGCAGUUAAAUUAAUAAAAUUUAGAAUGGUGAAGAAUUAUUAUUAUCAUAAAAUAGAGCUUAAGAGCCCGAUUAUAAGCCAAGAAGGCCAUUUCCUCCAUCAUUUGCUGGCUAUAGUAACUUGCAGGAAUCUGAAAGCAGAGAAACAGCAUUUGGUUGAUUUUGAUCCGGAUAUCCUGUAGGAAAAUAACACAAAAAAUCUCUCAAAGUUAACGACGAAAACCAAUCCAAAUCACAGGAAUCGAGUUUUGGAUUAUUUAUUUUGAACUACGUGGAAAUAGGAUUCAGCACCUAGAUUGAUUUUUAGUAAGGUACCGAGAAAUUGGGCAUCCAACUAAGCUUCUCCUCGAGCGAAUCAACCUCAGACAAUAGAGACUCGAAACUCCAGUUGGGCUUGGCUUCAAUCUCAGUUCUGUUAACUCUCUUCCGACAACUAUGCUCCAACUUGACAGGUCCCCUGAAACAUAACGUUAAAUCACAAAAUCGUGUUCCUUCCAAAUUUGGCCCUCAAACAAACAGAAGCUGCUUACCUCUCAGUGGCUUUUAUUUUUGCUUUCUGGUCUUUUUCCCCUCCUCGACUGCCGCCGAGCUUCUUCCUUCUUCCACCAACUCCCACAUCGGCCUUCUGGUGCUCCAUCACCGCCACCGGUUGUCCCACCCCAUGGCAUAUAAAUCACAUUAUUAGAAUAUUAAUUGACACCGACGUGCUCUGCAGCGAGAGUCUAAAACUGAGAAAUUGAAAUUAACAAUAUUAACAAAGACGCAGAGAAGUAAGAGCUCACCAUUAGAUGAUUUUAUCCGUCUGCGUUGGUUUCGCCACUACUGGAUCUAGAGAGAGCAAGAGAGAUCCAGAAAGACGUCGGGUGUGGUCUGGUCUCCUGCUAUGAGUUUCAGGCCAAAUAUCUACCUCCGAACACAGGUCGACCUCAAAACCUGCAAACAAAGGCCAUAUGGUUCAGAGAGGGGAGGAAAAGAGUUGUCAUGGAGGCAUCGAGGAGAGACAGUGGCACCUACAACGAUAUCCCUUGUCUAUGGUCACAGGCAGACCUUCGCUCAGUCUGAUUCAGCAGCAAAUCUGAAAGUAGAAGAGAGGCAAUUUGAUGGAAAAGAACUGUGGUCGAAAAGCUGGGUCUGUAGAGGGGAGUGAGAAAACAAUCGGAAAGAAGCCAGAGGAGAUAAAUCGUCCUUUAUGCAACGGUAGGCCCCUAAUCGAAUGGAGCAAGGCGAGAACUGACUGAUUCAUGGGUGUUGCCGUGCCUGACCAUCUGUGAAGAGGUUCCAUGGGCGGUGGCGUGUGUCAGCAACGACAAAGAUCCAGAAAGUCUGGAGAAAGUACGGCCACGACCCACGACCAAGGACAAGAAUGCAGCUGCGGAUUUUUGGACAGGGACACGUCGGGAUGCAAUUGCGGAUGCUGGGGUACGAUCGCGAAGGGAAGGCAUGGGCUCUUGCUGCAAGGACGGAAGGCACCGCAGUUGGAGAUUUUGGGAUGAGUCGUGAGGGGACGGUGAAUGUAGAAAGUAUGGUGGUGGCGUGUGGGAGUAGCCGCACGGAACCGUCAAACUCUGUCUCUGUGAAUCGCCCCAGAGUGAUUAGAUGCAGGAGGACGUGCGGCAGCCGAAGAAGUCCGAGAGAGCAAAACUUGACAAAUCGGAAGAAGUUCUAUUGGGCCUCAACCACAACACGACAAAUAAUGAAACAGUGUUGGCAAAAUAAAGCGUAGUCGCUUUUUACAUAUAAGAUAAUUAGUAGUUGUCCUUGUUGGACAAGGACAAGGACAUCUGUUAGUUCUUGUAAGGAAAUAGGCUAAAACCAUGUAUGGGAAGGAAAAGGAUUUGGCUGUCACGUGAGUCCGUGCAGUUUCCCGUUAUGCGGUUGAGGGAUUCGAAUUUUCAUCACAUAUACUUUUCUUCGCUAUUCCCAUCCAAAUCCCUCCUCCCUUCUGUUUGUUCCCAAAUCCAGCGAACACCCUUCCCUCUUCCGGUCGGGGUUUUCCGCUCUCUCCGGCACACGAUCCCAACGCCAUCACCCCCCAAUUCCCUCACCAUCUAUCCAUUUCAGCCAUCCCAUUCUUCUUAGGCGGAAAAUCGAUCGGCCGCCAUAGUCUUCUUACAAUUCCAUUCCCUAGGCGUUCAUUCUCGCCGUCGGCGACACAAUUCCGCCGCCGUUGCUCCCUUCCACCCCCAGUUCUUUCCCUGAAAUUUUAGCCAAGGAUUUUCCCCUGCGACCACUCUCUGCCGCCAUUACUACUAUGAACACCCAAUAGCAAUUAACACUCUUUUGGUUUCCUCAAUGUGCAGGUUCAUAUACAUCGGGGAAAAAUGUGCAGGUUCAUCCCCACUAUUGUGUUUCUUCAAAUGCUGAAAAUAAAGGAGAAGAUACUUCCUCAACAAUCUCGGCUGAUCAUCCCCAUGAAAAUUAUACAUUGGGUGACGCUUAGUCCCAAUGUUUACACAUCAAGAAAAACCCAUUAUACGACUUUCUCAAGAAUUUGAAAGCAUCCCUCUCAAAGUCAACGAGGACGCAGAGACACCUACAUUUACUGAUGAAGAGAAAUUCACGGUUCAACUCUCCAAUAAAAGCCAGUAAGUUGAAGUUUAGGUUCCUGAAAUUAAUUAGCUUCCAUCCUAGAUGUUUCACAUGUACUCAGGUAGACAUUCAACGAACUUUCGGCAUUUCUAGUUGUUGAUGUAAUUUCGACUUGUAAUGAUCAGUUCGGGAAAGAAACCCAGAAGUUGCUUAGGCAGCACAGGUAAGCGAAACUCUGGUUAUUGAGGUUUUGAAUUUGGUCAAAAGCCCUGAAUUGGGCGUUAGAUUCUUCAUAUGGGCAGGUCGUCAAAUUGGGUAUUCACAUAUAGUUUAGCGGUGUACAAUGCGUUGGUAUAGUGGCUGCAGAGGAACAACCAUAGUAGUGCUGAUGAUAGAAUACCUGGCAGUUCUUGCAGGAGAUUAGAAAUAAUGAUAUGGAAGUACUGCAGAAAUUGCUUAAGGUGUUGAUUCGCAAGUGUUGUCGAAAUGGUUUAUGGAAUACUGCUAUGGAGGAGCUAGGUAGACUUAAGGAUCAUGGCUACAAGCCCUCGAGAUCGACUUACAAUGCUUUGGUUCAAGUGUUUCUGAAAGCAGAACGGUUAGAUACUGCUUCGCUGGUUCAUCAGGAAAUAUCGGGUUUAAGCCUUUAAGGUACAUCAUUGAUGCUUAUACCUAGGGCUGCUUGAAGUUGAUCGAGGACGAGGAGUUCAAACCUGAUACUGUGCUUUUCACCAACAUGAUAUCUGGAUUGUGCGAAGCAUCACAGUUUGAAGUAGCCAUGGAUUUCUUAACCAGGAUGCAUGUGUAUUCUUGUAUCCCAAAUGUAUUGACUGUCAGGAUUAUGUUAUGUGUAAUACGAGCCUAGUUGUGCUCGUUAGAAAAUCAAUACGCGCAGCUCGAUUCUCCUUCAAUGAACUUGAAUUUCAACA